GUCAGUGCUGUGGCAACGCUGAAGGCGUGCAAACAGUUAGCAAUCACUAAAGAAAAUACAGCAUACGAAAAGCUAAAACAAAAUCAACGGAUAAGAGAUAACGCAAGCAAACGUCACGUUGCGUUGCUGAGUUGGUGCGUUGUUGAAAGUGUAAGCGCCAAGUCUUUGUGUCUGUCCACGUCAAUUGGGUGUUGCAACAAAAGCAGCAUUUGAUACGGUGCAAACAGCGGCGACAAGCGAGUGAAAGUGUGGCACAAAUACCACAACGAAACGCUCAGCAUCAGAUUUCACGAAGUAGGUGUUGCACAGUGAUGGCUCCAACGACGACAGCGACGUCGGAAGUGCUGUCAAAACAAAAGGCAACUGCCAAAUUGUAUGGCAAGGCAGGGAACAGUUCUGGCAAUGUAAUCGCCAUGUUAUUUCUGAUUAGCAUGCUGUUGGCGUUGCAGACGACAAGCGUUUCUAGCCUGCGCUGCUUCACUUGCACUUAUUUGCAAGAUUAUUCGGAUAAAUCAUGUCUAAUGGAUGCUAAUUCCACCCGAAUCACUGAUUGCACGAAGAAGUAUUGUACGAUCAUGCGUCAAGAAUCUGUGCGACCAUCUGGCAAAGUGAUUUCCUUCAUACGCGAUUGCUUGGAUAAGCCGCUGUACUUGAAUGCCGUAAAAACCGAUUCAACGUUCAAAACUUUCUAUCGCAGCUGCACCACCGAUCUAUGCAAUGACUCAGAUGGCACAACAGCGGCAACAAAUAUAGAUCCCAACUUGGGCGCUUCCGAAAAUAUGGUUAUUAAAGGCAAACGACAUUAGUACUAUUAUUACUAUUAUAUCUAUUAUGUGCGUAUGUAUGUCUAUUUAAAAUAUGUGUAAAAUGUUUAAA